GUUAUGUCAAACGAAAACCGCGGAAUCGGUUUUUUAUUUUACUUUUGAAAACUUAUCAGUUAGGUAUUAUAAACAUGGAAAUAAUACUAAGCACAUUUGUUAGCCCAUUUUCAUUUUUCUGCAGAACAGAAAAUGAUGAUAUUGGUGAUAUCAACUUUGAAAGUCAUUCUUCGGAAAAUGUUCGCAUUUCAAACAAGGUGUCGGAUUUCGUUCAUGGACAGUAUGUUGCAGUUAUGUGGAAAGAAAGAUGGGUACGAGGCGUAGUUACGAUGGAGAAUCAAUUUUUGAUUUGGUUGGUUGAUUAUGGCAUUCAUUUACGACCAAAUGAUAAAACAGUCAUUAUUGAUUUGCCAGCUGAAUAUAAGAAAUAUCCAACAAAAGUAUUUGAGGCGAGCAUACAUGGGGUGUCUCCUCUUGAUAAAGAAUUAACACAUGAUGGCCAGAUGAAAAAUAAGUUAUCCACUACUUGGAAUAACGGAGCAAUAGACAAGGCAAAGGAACUCAUUGCUAAUGCUUCAAAGAAAUACUUUGUACCCAUUGCAAUACUGUCCACUAAGUAUAAUGAUAUUGUGCUUGGAGAUUUAUACCUUGUGACAAAAGAUAAGGGCACAGUCAACAUUGCGGAUGAAUUGCAAGUCUGGCCUGUUUUCUUGGAGAAAAAUGCUGAAGAUUACAUAAAAAAAUUGCCGAUACAUUACACCAGUCGUCGCAAGCACAGGGCUUCUUUGUUAAAACCAGAAUUUUCGAAAACCAUACCAACAGUUUAUGAGGAUCUUUCUAUGGCACAAUAUAAAAACAUUUGCGCUAGUGUUCCACCAUUCGAGCAAGCUAACGAGUACGAUGGUACAUCAGAAGAUGGCAGCACGGUCGUCACUAUAGUGGGCCGCAAGAAGAAAUACGGUGAGUACAAACUUACUCCCGCCGAAAUUGAAAAAUACUCACAAAUGUAUGUGACUGUGUAUGGAGAAGAGUACAAUGUUUUAAACAUUUUGUUAAACAAAUUGAGGGAUUUGAAGAUCUGCGAGAAAUAUAAGGACUACGAUAAGAGGGGUCUUGGUCGGGCAAAUUCCCGCAGGAUGUCUUUAGAUGAUUAGGAAUAGAUAACUUGUACCAACAGUAUUUUUUAAGUAACCUCUGGGAGAAUGAUGUUUUUCUGUUUUCUAUAUAUUUUUUUUGCUUUUGCUCGAACUCUUGCGUUUGUUUCUGAAUUUUUUGAAUUGUUUAAAAGUCAUACAGGUUAUCUAUUAGGGUUAACGAGGUGCUGUUAAAACGUUUUUACUUUGCAUGGUUAAGGUUUUUAGUAUGCAUGGUAUUUUUCGUAAUUGAAAACAAAUCGUGCAUAGACUGUGGGACAGAAAAACACAAGCUACGGUUUUUGUUUAUUUUUGUUUUGUUAGAAUUUUGCGGGUUGUACACAGAUCCAAAGUGCGCGGGAUUUUACAGGCGGGAGGCCUGCUUACCCCACGUCCCCGGGUACAGACCCGCACACAGGUGCAGUCGUGUGCAUCGCUGAGCUUAAUGCUUCCUGUACACCUACCAUCGGCGAUGAUAGUUGAUCGUGUUGUCGACACGAUCAUCGUGCAAUCAUUCAUCGUCGAUCAGUGUUGCCAUAAAACAGAUUACCUAAACAGAUUUCGGGACACUAAUACACAUCACAGAUUUGGGUCCAUUUUUAUACAGAUUUCAGGAUAACAACACGACAAAAUAAUAAGCUAACAUUUUUUCUAUUCAUUAUUAUAUAAUCGGUUAGGGUGAUUUUCUAUUAACACAUGUUUUUCUAGGCAAUGUAUAAACGGGCUAAUUUCGUUUUUGGCAAAAUAAAUUGCUGAAUAAGUACAUCCGAAAUCAGUUAGAUGUAGCGACAAUGUCGUUAAAUGGCAAUGCUAUUGGGUGAUCGUAUGGGGCACCCUAACGCAAACACCCCGGAUUUCCUUGAUGCGUGUUCGAUGCGAGUGCACUAAAGCGAACAUGAUCAAAACCGAUCGCAGGUAAUUAAAGACGAUGUUCGACGUGCUCGUCUGUAAUCACUAAUUGUGUAGAGGAAUUAGAACAGGGUGGUUAAAAAGGCCACAUCGAAACAAUUCAUCUAAAAAGCAAUAUUGCAAUUUGACAUUUGCGCAUAUAAGAGUAAGUGCGCAAUGCAACCAAAUGUCAAAUAGCAAUAUUGCUUUUUAGAUGAAUUGCUUCGAUGUGGCCUUUUUAACCCCCUCAGAAAAUAAUAUCUGUGGGUACGACGUUUGACCACGUUUAUUGAAGACGUCAUACGUGUGUAUUUCUUUACAAGUUCCAUAGAAAAGUGUCGUUUUGAUUUUUCGUAAAACGUAUUGUAACUUGACUAUGUUGUUCUCUUGUUUAUUUAUAAAGUUUAUGUCAACGUUAAAAAUAUUGUGAUAGCGUUAGAAUUUGUUUGUUGAAAAGACUGAUGAUAAUAUACCUAAUUAUUUAGAAAUAGAUAUGUUAAAAAUGAUAAAGACUAAAAAAAUUUGCAACUCAGGUUAGGUAUAUGUAUACCUAAUAAUCAGUAUUGAUUUGGAUUACUUGCAUGACAUUUUUUGAAUUUAUAUUAGUAGCUACCUACAUAUGGUUUGCUUUUAAUUAUUUGUUAUUUUAAAAUUUCUUUUGAAUCACCUAAGUGUUGUUACGGGUAGUAAUUCCCAACGUGUUUUGAAAGUAAUUAUAGUUGAGAGUAAGUAGCUGAUUAUCGUUGUAAGAGAAGCAAGACUGUUUUAACGUAAGUACUUUUUUUGAAUAAUUUACACUAUUUGAUCUAUUAUCAGAUAUUAAUUACCACAGAAUUUAUAUCGCUAGCGAAGCGUAAUAAUAUCUGCCGACGUUAAUAUCACCCACACUUAAAGUUGGGUAUAUUACUAAGUAUGUUAUUAUGCGUAAAAUGUAAAAAUGAACUUCGAUAAUGUUAUUGACGAAUUGAUAUGUAAGUCCUACUCAUACAUAUUACAUAAUAGAGUAGAUACAUUUAGAAAAAUGUGAUUUAUGUUUCUGCUAAACUAGGGGCACUCUAUGAUGGCCGUUUUGAUGUUUGUCCGCUCAUAAAGUUUCGUAUUAAUUGAUAACCGUAUUGAAGGAACGAAUUGCUGCACUUUAUUGCCGUCAUAGCGUGCCGCUAGUGUAAAAGUACGGGUUAUCUAGUAAUAAUUGACAUACCUAAAUAUUUUUUUCGUAAACCUAAGUUCUAAACUAAUUAGUUUAUAAAGCUAAUUUGGAGUGAUGGACGAAGAUUGUGAUAAUUAUUGCCAUUCUCAAAGAUUUUUUCUCUAAGAGUAACUUUCGAUUGUAUCGAAAUAAAACAAUGUGAUUAUAA